AAGCCUAUCUGCACCGCAUAUCACCUCAGUGCCGCCUAGGUUUUCUCUCUUCGAGCUCCCUCUCAAACUUUCUUCAUCGCUUCUGGACCUGCCAAGACACGGCGCCACAUCGUCGGCGGCGUAGCAGAGAGGAAGAAAAAGAAGAAGCCAUCAUGAUCGCACCCGAAGCUCCUCUCCGCUACUCCGGAGUCGCUCGCCAAUCUUCUGCUUUUCGCCUCAUGAAGCAAAUGGGAUGGGAAGAAGGAGAAGGGCUUGGGAAAGAUAAACAAGGAAUCAAAAGUUACGUUAGAGUUAAGAACAAACAGGACACGGAUGGAGUUGGAUUGGAAAAGCCGAAUCCGUGGGCUUUCAGUACAGCUCAGUUUGAUAGUAUUCUCAAAAGAUUGAAAGUGCAAGCAGCACAAAACAAUGAUGAAGCUGAAAAGAACGAAAAUCAAGUAGAUUCCAAGACCAAUAUGUCCAAGGACACUGCAGAGCAAGUUGUCAAAGCGAUCCGGCCACGGGGAAGAUAUAAUAAAAGAGAGAGGGGGAAGCUUGUGCAGGUAUGUUCUUCAAAGGAUAUUGAAGGAAUUCUUGUCAAAAAGGUUAAGGAGUCAUCACCGUCAAAUCCGGAUGUGGACGAUGAAAUGGAGUUGAUGGAGAAAAUUGAAAGUCAGGAUUUUCCUACAGGAGGAGGAGUAAUAGGUGAAAGCAUUCCUCCAGAAUGGUGGGGCCAUAAAUAUGGGUUUGUUUCGGGGGGGUUUCUUGGAGAAUCAACCAGAAAGAAAUCAAUCAGAACUGGGAAGUCUAAAAGUUUAACUGAGAGAACUGUUUUUUUCGAAGAUGACCAAGAGAAUCUGUACAAACUUGUACAAGAUAAAGCGACAUCCGGAAAGCAAGGUCUAGGCAUUAAAGACCGACCAAAGAAAAUAGCUGGAGUUCGCUUUCACGGGAAAAAGACGUCAUUUAGUGACAGUGAUGAUGAGAAUUCUGAUGGUUUUGAUCCCCCAGCACAACGAAUGCAUGACAAUGCCUUUGAAACCAAGAAAGCUGAUGAACCAAAAUUGAGGUUGAAAAAGUUAUGUAAACAGCUUCUUCGUCAGGAACCUGGAGAGACAUUAAAACUAAAACAGCUAAAAGUCCUUAUAGAUGAACACUCAUCCUCCUUUUUUUGCAACUUUUCUUCAAAAGAUGCUCUUGCCUACUUGAAACGAAAGCUUGAAAACAGUAGCACAUUUUCCGUAGAGGGAAAGCUAGUGAGUCUUGCAUCAAGAAGCAACUAGGAAAAUUUUGCUACAAUUCUGAUAUUCUUUUAGCGGCCCGUAUAUAUGCUGAGACUGACUACAUAUUAUACGCGACUUCCAUUUGUUUUUUAGGUACGUCCAUUCAUAUUGUUGUUAUAGUAAUUUUUGUAUACUUUUGGUAUUUAUCCUUCGUUUGUAUUCACCUUAAAAUUGGUUAGCAUUUAGAGAUACAUAUGAGAGUUGUCCGGGUGACAACUCUUUGAUAUUGAAUGUUCAUAUUUCUAAUAUUCACCUGCAAUAGCUAAUGCAUAA